GCGAGAAUUGAUUUGCUGAUCUUAAAAUUAAAGCAACUUCUAUAUAGUAUAUAUAAAUAAGUACUUACUGCUUACACCUUACACGUUAAAGAGAGGAAAUAAAAUAGGAUGGUAGAAAUGGAAGACGAUAUAAAAUUGUUUCAAUCGAUUGGUUUAAGUGAACAAAAGGCCAAAGAAACGUUGAAAAAUAAACAGGUUUCUAAUAAUUUAAAACUUACAAUAAUAGAGGCGAAUAAAUAUGGAAUUAUCACACCAGAAGUUGGAAUUUUAUUGUACCAUCUCGCUUCCAAAAUUAAAAAUCAAAUUUCCGACCAAUUACCAUUUAUUGCUAAAUACAUAGUUGAGAAAAAGUUAGAUACAAUACAAAGAGUAGAUGCUGCAUUAAGUUUCUUGCUUAACCAUGUGAAAAAAACUAUUGACGUGUCAAAUUUUGAGAAAGAAUGUGGUAUUGGCAUUGUUGUUCUACCAGAAGAAAUUGAAAGUGAAGUAGAGAAUGUUUUAAAUGCACAUAAAGCAGAGAUAUUGGAAAAAAGAUAUCAUUUGAAUGUUGGACCAUUAAUGCAACAAGUGCGUAAUAAUUUGAAAUGGGCUGAUGGAAAAGAAGUGAAGAAUGAAUUUGAUGUUCAAAUGCUUGUACUCUUAGGACCUAAAGUUGAUUCUGAUUUUGCUCUGCCCCCUAAAACAGUAAAACAAACAAAGAUAAAGAAACCAGAAAAAGAAAAAGAACAGAAAAACGUGACAGCAGUAAAUGAGAAAGUGGGUGCUCAAACAAUAAGUGAAUUAAUGAAAACUAAAGUUCAUUUUCAUAAACCAGGAGAAAAUUAUAAGACUGAAGGAUACAUUGUAACUCCAAGCACACAAAAAUUGUUACAAGAACAUUUAAAAAUAACAGGUGGUAGAGUGAGAACUAGGUUUCCACCAGAGCCAAAUGGAAUUUUACAUAUUGGACAUGCAAAGGCAAUUAACAUUAAUUUUGGAUAUGCUGCAGCUCAUGAUGGCAUAUGUUACUUACGUUAUGAUGACACAAAUCCUGAGAAGGAAGAAGAAAAGUUUUUCGUUGGUAUUCGUGAAAUGGUAGAAUGGCUCGGUUACAAGCCAGCUAAGAUUACACACUCUUCUGACAACUUUCAACAGCUGUAUGAAUGGGCUGUUAAGCUUAUAGAAAAGGGUUUCGCGUAUGUUUGUCAUCAAUCUAGCAAAGAAAUAAAAGGUUUUAAUCCCCCUCCAAGUCCAUGGCGUGAUAGGCCAAUUUCAGAGAGUUUACAGUUAUUCCAAGAUAUGAAAGAUGGCUUACUUGAAGAAGGUGAAGCCACAUUACGUAUGAAAGUAACAUUAGAAGAAGGAAAGCAAGAUCCAGUUGCAUAUAGAAUUAAAUACACUCCUCAUCAUAGGACGGGGGAUCAGUGGUGUAUUUAUCCUACUUAUGAUUUCACCCACUGUUUGUGUGACAGCAUAGAACACAUCACACAUUCUCUUUGUACAAAAGAAUUUCAAUCACGAAGAUCAUCAUAUUAUUGGCUUUGUAAUGCUUUAGAUAUUUAUUGUCCUGUACAAUGGGAGUAUGGCAGAUUAAAUGUAAGUUACACAGUUGUUUCAAAGAGAAAAAUUGCCAAGCUAAUUGAACAAGGUUUCGUAGCAGAUUGGGAUGAUCCUAGAUUGUUUACACUAACAGCUCUUCGUAGACGAGGCUUUCCUUCUGAAGCAAUAAAUAAUUUCUGUGCACAAAUGGGCGUAACUGGUGCACAAGCAGUUGUUGAUCCAGCAGUUUUAGAGGCAUGUGUCAGAGAUGUUUUAAAUGUUACUGCAGCUCGACACAUGGUUGUGCUAGAUCCAUUAAAAAUAACUAUUAGCAAUUUCCCACAUGAAAAUCAUGUGAAAUUGUCUGUUCCUAAUUUUCCUAAUGAAUCAGAAAAAGGACAACAUGACAUUGUUUUUAAUAAGCUUGUCUAUAUCGAAGCAUCCGAUUUUAAGGAGAAAGCAGAGAAAGAUUUUCGACGUCUAACGCCAAAUCAGUCGGUUGGUCUAAAGCAUGCAGGUGUUGUUUUGACGGUUAAAGAAAUAGAAAAAGAUAGCAGUGGUAAAAUCAUGAAUAUUAUUGUUAAACAAGAACCUGCUUCUGAAAGCAACAAACCUAAAGCUUUUAUACAUUGGGUAUCAAAUCCUGUAUUAGCAUCUGUUAGAUUGUAUGAACGCCUAUUUAAACACAAAAAUCCGGAAGAUUCAAAUGAAGUACCAAAUGGCUUUUUAAGUGAUAUUAAUCCGAGUAAUAAAAAAGAAAUUGUCGGUUACAUCGAUGCAAGUUUAAUGAAUUUGGCGAAACCUUUCGAUAAGUUCCAAUUUGAACGCAUCGGCUUUUUUUCUACAGAUCCAGAUACUACAUCAGAAAAGCUUGUUUUUAAUAGAACUGUGACAUUGAAAGAGGAUUCAGGAAAGGUAUAA